CCCCUCAACAGGGAAGUCCUGCCAAGAGCCAGAGGUGUUGAAACAGACGGAUGGGGCAACCCAGCAGGCAGAUGUGGCCUCGCCAUCCCACCAGCCCCCGCCAGACCUGGUCUCCCCACUGAGAGCUCCGUGUCCUGCGGCUGCCUCUUUGCUGGCCGGUCACCAGGGCCUGGCACUCAAGUCUGGAGGGCACGGAGUAAAGGAGAGAGAGGAGUCAAGAAGCCAGUGAUAACUACAGACCGAGGCCCAAAGCCCAGGGACAGGACCUGAAGAGGGACAGAAGUGCCCCGCAGGGUCUGGGGACAGGCCAGGGCUGUCUCCCUCUCCACCUCCUCUCCUUCCUCCUCCGCCCUCCCCACCCCAACGGCGGCCCCAACCUUGAGUGGAGAAGCUGCAGUUACUUCCUGAAGGCAGCACACGCUGUGAGGGGCCCACUCAGCCCGUGGCCCAUCCUGCCUGCAGCCAUGGAGAGCCACCAGGACUUCCGGAGCCUCCAAGCCAAGUUCCAGGCCUCUCGGGCAGAGUCCAGUGAACUCCCCCCAAAACCCCCAAAGCCGGAAGUUAACAAACUUCUGAAGAAGCUCCCGCAGCUGGAGCCGAGCGAGCAGCCGAAGCAGCUCCCACAGCCUCAGUUUGCCAGUCUGCCCCAGAAGCUCUCCCAGCCCGAGUUCACUGAUCCCCCCCAAAAGCCAUCCAAACCUGAGUUCGGUGAUCUCUCCAAGAAGCGUCCUCAGCUUGAGGCCAGUCCCUUUCCCAGGAAGCACCCCCAGCCUGAGGUCAGGAACCCUGCCAGGUCCCCCUCAGAGCCCAAACCCAAUGUGGUCCCCAAGAAAUUCCAGCAGCUGGAGUCCAGCGAGGGCCCCCCAAGGUCCUUGCUGACCGGGCUCGGUACCUUGCCCAAGAAGCCCCCGCAGCCUGAGUUCAGUGUAUACCCCAGGAAGCCCCCGAAGCUCCCAGUCAGUGGCCUCCCUGGGAAGUCCUCACCGCAGCCCGAGUUCAGUGAGGUCCCCCAAGUGUCCCCCUCAAAGCCUGGGUCCACUGAGCCCUGUCCCCUCUCCCCAAAGCCUGACUUCGGCACCUUUCCCAGGAAGCCCCUGCGGCCUCAGGCUGGCGCUCCCCCUAAGAGAUCCCUCCCGCAGCCUGAGUUCAGUGAGGUCCCCAUGCAGUCCCCUUCAAAGCCCGAGUCUGAGUUACAAAAGCCCCACUCCCCCAAGCCAGGCUUCAGUGCGUUUCCCAAGAAGGCCCUGAAGCUGGAGUUUGGUGACCUCACUAGGACGUCCUCAGAGCCGGAAGUCAGCGUGCUUCCCAAGAGGUCACAGCGGCCUGAGUUCAAGGCCCUUUCCAAAAAGCCCCCGCAGCCUGAGCUGGGUGGCCUCCCCAGAACAUCCUCCGUGCCCGAGUUCAGUGUGCUCCCCAGGAAGUUCUCCCAGCCUGAGUGCAGGGGGCCACCCCGCAAGUUCUCCCAGCCAGAGCCCCAUGCUCUGCCCAAGCAGCCUGAGCUUUUCCCAGGUCUCCCUAGAAAGAGCCCACUUCCGGGCUCGGUGUCUGAGAGCUCAGUGCCAGCAGCUGUCGUGGGCUCUGGGCAGCUUGGAGCUGCUAGGGCGCCCCGCUGGAAGUCUGAAGACCUCCAAGGCCGCCAGCCACCCCCUCGGAGGCCUCUGCCCCCAGCCAGCAGCCUGGGGCCCCCUCCAGCCAAGCCCCCGCUUCCCCCAGGCCCCCUGGAUGUCCAGAGCUUUUGGAGGCUCCCGGCAGCAGGCACAGGCGUGCGGAGGACUCGCUCUUCUGCCGGGAUGUACUUCCAGGCCCUCCAGGCUCGACAGGCUGAACCAUUCCCACAGGACCCGGACGAGAUCUACGAGAUGUGUGACGAAGGGGAGCCCACGGAGGACCCCAGCCCUAGACCCAGGGCCAGAGAUGAAGUGUGGUCUACUCAGCAAGACACCAGGAAGCCACCACAAGAUCCAGAACUCAGGGGGGCCAGGAAGGAGAACAGCCCCCAGCCACAGCAGGUGCCAUCCACGGACCCAAAGGUGCUGAAGCAGAUGAGGAAGGCGGAGAAGGCAGAGAGGGAGUUCCGGAAGAAGUUCAAGUUUGAGGGGGAGAUUGUGAUUCACACGAGGAUGAUGAUCGACCCCAACGCCAAGACCCGUCGUGGGGGUGGCAAGCACCUGGGGAUCCGGCGCGGAGAGAUCCUGGAGGUCAUUGAGUUCACCAACAAGGAUGAGAUGCUAUGCCGGGACCCCAAGGGCAAGUGUGAGUGGGCCUGGCUUGGAGGCCCCAGGGGUGGGGGCGGGGUGGGGUGCCCCCCCAGUGGAGGACCCACUGUGCCCAGCUCUUCCCUUGCAGAUGGCUAUGUGCCCAGGACAGCGCUCCUUCCCCUGGAAACGGAGGUGUAUGACGACGUUGACGUCGGCAUCUGGGAUCCUCUAGAGAACCAACCAUUUCCUCGGGGACAGUGAGGACUGCUCAAGGGCCCAGCAAGCCAGCUGCUAUCCUGGAGCCCUGAGCCCAGCCUGGCAGAAAGAGCUGCCCAGCACAUGUGAGACCACAUAAACCUCUCUUUAAAGUAA